CGGUUGCCGAUCCUGAUUAGCUGCGCUGUGCUCUCCUUCGAGUGUUGACCGUGACAAGGUCAAUGCAUCGCGGGGUGGCGACAGUGAAUAGCAUAAGGGUUCCUCCUCUGGGCUGGCCCGGCGGUCUGUGAUACGACGUUAGUGGGUGCUGGUAACGUUCGGGAGGGGAUGACUCUGCUUAUUUGCCUGGUCGAGGUCGUGAAUGAAGGUUGAAGGGUGUCUGUAUAUGAUGAUGUAUUCUGCAUGCAUCAUUGUCAAUGCAUGGCAUGGACGUUUGGGGAGGCGAAGAUGGGCUUUACUAGUACUUGUAUGGUAUGUUCUUCAAGUACCUUUUUUCCCCUCGCGAUUGCGAGGAGGGCGGCAAUGGCAAUGGAUGGCGAAACGGUGAUUGGCUGUUUGGAGCGCGGAGUCCUUUUCCGGCUUGUUUCGGUGUAUGUAUGUGCUUUAGGCUUGGCCAUAAUAUUGUUGCCGUGUUACCACCGCCUCACGCGGGCCAGGGCUUCCCCGCCAUGAAGGGCAAGAUCUGGCAGCAGUUUCCGAUCCGCAAGGGAAUCUCCCAAAGCUGUCUUGAAAUGUUAGGUGGCUGGCCAGAGCACAUUACCAGCUCAGAGGCCUUUAAGCGCACCACUUCCCAUGUGAAUCCUCUGCCAGCCCGCAAACCCAGCAAGCGUGCCAAGUAUGGCGAUGUGGCCGAGGUGAACAAGGCUCGCCGACUCGCACGCUCCCCCAAACCUCCGGUGAUUCGACCGCGGCCCAAGCGCGCGGCAGAGACCUCGUCCUCGCCUUCAUUGCCGAGCUCAUCGACGUCUAGGCUUCCUGCGCCCAACAUCGCCAGCAGCAGCAGCCGCUCCCCCACCCUGGAGCCGUCAGGGCCCGCGGGGUUCCGCCGCCGCCGCAAGCUCUUUCUCGACAGCCCCGACGGCCCCCACCCGCGCAUGACAGCAAAGAUCGUGGCGCGAUUGGCGGCCUGCAAGGACUGGCGCAGGCAGCUGGCACACAAGCUACUGCCGCGGUAUCUGCCGUUAUUCGACCAGCAUGCUGCUGCGUACUUUUUCAAGCAUGUACCCAGCUUGCAGCCGCGGGCACCGCCGCUGGUUCCGCCGUCGGUGACGGCUCCUGCCUGGAUGGCUGAACCCAGCGGUGCCGGCGCCAGUCGGGGUGGUGCCGCCGCCUCCGCCGCCUCCGCCGCCACCGCCGCCUCCGCCGCCAUCACCGCUAGCAGGGACGCCGCGGGCUUCCGCCGCAUGGUGGUGGCGGUGUGCAGCUCACUGCUGCCAAAGAUGCCCUCUUUCGGUCCUCGGGCUCUGACGUGCAUGAUCUCGGGGCUUGGACGCAUGGGCAUCAGGCAAGUCGACAAGUUCGUUGUCGCCAUCGCCGGCGCUGGGUCAGGUAUCCGGCGGCGUACGGGACAGAGGAGGCGUCAGCGCCAACGGCGGCGGCGGACGCCACCGCUGCUGCCGCCGCUGGGUGAGGCCUGGCGGCAGGCGGCUCUGGGCGCGGCGCGCUCCGCCCUGCCGCGUAUGACGGUUGCUGAAAUCGGCCAGAUGCUGAUGCGACAAUCGGAAUACCCGCGUCGAAAUCAAACUCAGAAGGAGAGCUUGAGGAGGAGUUGA